AUGGAUAUCGAAAAUGGUUACUUUUUGGCAAAGUUCCAAUCUUUCGAUGAUUACACUAAAGUUCUGGCGCAGGGCCCUUGGAUGGUGUAUAGCCAAUACUUAACAGUUCAACCCUGGACAAAGGAGUUUUGCCCCUCACAACCCUACCCAAGCUUAGUAUUGGCAUGGAUUAGACUGCCUGGACUUCCAAGUUAUUUAUACAAGAAGAAAAUUAUCGAGGUAAUUGGAAACACCAUUGGGAAAGUGAUUCGUUUGGACUUUAAUACUGAUAGCAGGACUAGAGGCAGGUUUGCCAGACUAGCAGCCUACAUCAAUCUGGAUAAACCUUUAGUUGCUCAAAUCCUUGUGAAUGGCAGAAUUCAGAAAGUUGAAUAUGAAGCGCUGUCGACCAUCUAUUUUUCAUGUGGGAAGUAUGGACCUACUGCGGAAUUCUGUAUUGUGAUGCAAUCAGAACCUAGACCGGAGGAGCAGAUGAUGAAUGUUGAUCAGGUGGCGUCGGAGAAAAGAGAAGAUACCACUGUUUAUGGACCAUGGAUGGUGGCCAAACGAAAAAGCAGGCGAAAUUCUCGGAAUAAUGUUCCUAUUAGAACAGAGAAUAAGGAGAAAGGAAAUUCGGGUUCCAGAUUUGGCGCUUUGGCUAGUAUGGAAGAUCCUAAUUUUGGGAAGAAACAAAAGAUCAUCCUUCGAGAUAACCCUAAAGUUAAUAAGAGGAAUCGGCUGGGGGGAGUUCUUCCGGAGAAUGGGUUGUCUAAUUCUAUUAUAGCAGACCCAAAUAUUAACAGGCCAGUGGUGGGCUCGGCUUUGCGAGCUAUUGACUCAAAUAAUGGCAAGCGGGAAGAAGACCUAAGAUUGUUUAAUGUGAUCCAGGCCAGUAAUCUAGAAGGCUCCAAUUGUAAUGCUUUGGACUCCACACAGUGUGACCCAGGAAGUUCUUCUAAGCAACCUUUUAUUUCAGAUUUUAAUUCUUUAGAUAACAUGGAUUUACAUAAUUCACAAAAUUCAAAUUUUAAUAAUAUGCCUGUGAAUUUCUCGUGCAUUAGCCCUAUGUUUGUUGACCAGGGGGAGAAUAAUAUUAAGGAUCUUAGUACAGCUUCUAAAACUGUUGCCUCGAUACCAGAAUUAAUUGAAAUUCCGGUUGCUAAUAUUACUAAAGGCUUGAAUAACACCAAGCAUACUGCUAUCUCAUUUAAAGAGAAGGAUUUAGCCGAUAAUAGAAACACGGGGAAGGCCUCCUUGUAA